AUGACAGGCGGCAGGUCCAAGAAGGGCGUGCGCUUCCAACACCGAAAUGGCCAAGCGGAUGGCCGACGGUCGAGCUUCAGCGACGUCAGCGAGGAGGGCUCUGGCUCCCCCACGCGCAGUCGCAAGGAAGCGCUCGAGCCCGUAGACGAGAAACCACCACCAUCGGAGGAAGAACAGAAAGCGGCCGAGACCGCGAAGAAAAAGGCCAACUUUUGGACGCGUACACUAUGGACUUUUAUCAUGAUCGCCAUCUUCUUCGGCGCGCUGUUCAUGGGCCACAUCUACAUCAUCCUCAUCAUUACCGCCGUUCAAAUCAUCUCGUUCAAGGAAGUUAUCGCCAUUGCCAACGUGCCCAGCCGAGCGCGCUCCUUGCGGUCGACCAAGUCGCUGAACUGGUACUGGCUCGCGACGACAAUGUACUUUCUCUACGGCGAGACCGUGCUCUACUACUUCAAGCACAUCCUGCUCGUGGACAAGGUGCUCGCCCCUCUGGCGACCCACCAUCGCUUCAUCAGCUUCGCGCUUUACGUCUUCGGCUUCGUCUUCUUUGUCGCCUCGCUGCAGGCUGGCCACUACAAGUUCCAAUUCACCAACUUUGCCUGGACGCACAUGGCGCUGUACCUCAUCGUGUUCCAGGCCCACUUUGUCAUGAACAACAUCUUUGACGGCAUGAUCUGGUUCUUCCUGCCCGCUGCGCUCGUCAUCACCAACGACAUUUUCGCCUACAUCUGCGGCAUGAUGUUUGGCCGCACGCAGCUCAUCAAGCUGUCGCCCAAGAAGACAGUAGAGGGCUUUGUCGGCGCAUGGAUCAUGACAAUCAUCUGGGCGAUGCUCUUGGUCAACAUUAUGAGCCGCUCCAAAUAUUUUAUUUGCCCUGUCAACGACCUCGGCGCCAACGUUUUCACCGGUCUCGAAUGCGACGUCAACCCCGUCUUCAUCCCCCACACAUACACGCUGCCAGACUAUUACUUCCUACCCAAGGCCACCACAUACUCCGUCACGUUCAUGCCCAUGCAGCUCCAUGCCCUGGCCCUGGCCACAUUCGCCUCUCUCAUCGCUCCGUUCGGCGGAUUCUUUGCCUCUGGGCUCAAGCGCACGUUCAAGAUCAAGGACUUUGGCGAUUCCAUCCCUGGACAUGGCGGCAUGACCGAUCGCAUGGACUGCCAGUUCAUCAUGGGUCUCUUUGCGUACCUGUACUUUCACUCGUUCAUUGCCGAAGACACAGCCACAUUGGCUGGCGCCAUGGACCUCUUUCACCACCUGACCCUCGACGACCAAGUGGCCUUCCUCCCUUGGGUGUUUAGGUACUUUGUCAACAAGUUUGGCUCGAUCCAAGAGCUGAGCGAGUACCUGGUGAAACACAGCUCACAGGAUGUCCUGAUAGAGCUGCGCCAAGCUAUUGGGCAGAUCAGCGGAGCCAUCGACAAGGCUAUUGUAGCCGCCUCAUGA